AUGGUGCUGGGAUUAACCUCCUACGUGGAGCCUGCCUGGACUGCUCUGAUUCCACCGCAGCUGUCGCCCGACGGCCAACCAAUGAACCCGCAAGCUGCUGUGAUGCAGCAGAAAGGCUGCCGGGUUAACGGGCUCAGAAGUUGUCGGAAAGAGUGCAUCGGAAGCUCACUUGCUGAGCGGAACUCUCACAUGGAGGUGUCGUUAGGAACACAGGCUGUGGAGAUAGACGCGUCCACCCUGUUUGGCAGGGUGCUGUCCUGUGGGAUGGAUGACAGCCAAGAGCAGGACCACUACGAGGAGCGCCUGAAGGAAGUUUUUCACAGUUUUGACACCAGCGGCUGCGGCUCCCUGAACCCGGAGGAGCUCUCUGAUCUCUGCCAGUCCCUACACCUGGAUGAUGCCACCCCGGCUCUUCUCCAGACGCUGCUGCAGAAACAGGACAGCCUCACUGGCAGGGUUGACUUUAACCAAUUCAAGGAUGCUCUCAUCCUGGUUUUGUCCUCAACCAUUGAGCCAUCUCAAGCUGAAGAGGAAACCGUGCCUCAGCCAGAUUCUCCAGAAAUCCAGCCAAAGUUUGUGAAGGGCGGCAAGCGCUAUGGCCGCCGCUCCACGCCAGAGUUCAUAGAGCCCGUUUCAGAGUUGUCUGACAUUGCAAACCUAAACCCAGCUGACGAAGAGGAUUUGGAGGACAACUGUGACUCGGCUAUUCCCAGGAAGCGUGAGCGCUGGAAUGGCGACGAAUCAAGCACAGAGGAGUACGAAGCAGAGGGUCAGAUGCACCUCUGGAACCCCGAUGAGCCGCGCACCCCUCGGGGAUCCAGCGCCCCUCUGUCGGCCCGUUCGGACGAGAGACUGCGCGAAGCGUGCGAGGAACUGGGGAUCCCGUGGGACGGAGGCGCUGGGCACAGCGAGCUGCGGGCUCUGUGUGAACAUUUGGGUCUAGAGCUGAAUGGCGACGUGCUGCUGAGUCUCACUGGCGAUGGAGUGAUGAACGUUCAGGAGUUUGUUUCCAGAGUCGUGAACAACAACACCCCCCCAACACCAUCCGCUUCCACACCAUACAGACAGUUUAAACGACAUCACUCCACUCAGCCCUUUGAUGAGGGGGGGCGCAGGACCUCCGCUUUGACCGGCACCAUCGGUAUGCGGCUCUUUUCUACACUUGAUGAUGGCACUGGUUACACGCCAGCCGAGCACAUCCUGGACGUCUGGAUAGACGAGGGAAUAGAAAACAGUGCUGAGAUCCUCCAGGCUUUGAAUUUCGACCUAGAUGGCAAACUGAGCCUUGGUGAUCUGACCACAGCGCUUGAAAACGAGCUGCUGGUUACUAAGAACGGGAUUCACCAAGCGGCACUGGCAAGCUUCAAAGCCGAGAUCAGACACCUCCUAGAGCGUGUAGACCGAGAAAUCAGAGAGAAAGAGAAAAUCCGAUCUGAUCUUGAAAAAGCAGAGAAGCAGAAAGCUCAGCUUGCUACUGAGGUGGAUGAACAUCACUCUGCAAUUGAGCACACAAAUAACCUCAACCUCAGGAAGCUUGAGCAGGAGCACAAAGAGAAGCUUGCAGCUGUUCAAUUGGAGCUGAGGAAAGAGAUGGACCAGAUCCAGCAACAGGCGGGCCUGCAGCGCGAGGAGCUGGAGCUGGAAAUCGAGAAAAUCAGAGAGGAUGAGUCUUUUCUCAGAGACCACCUUUCCAUCACAGUUAAGGAGAAUAGGCGUCUUGAAAUGGAGCUACUGGACAACGCUGACAAACUGGCAGAGUCAGAACAGCAGAUAACCAAACUGCAGAGCAGUUUGGACAACAUCAUGAAGAAUAAGGUUGGGGACAUGGACCCUGGCAGUGGUGACUUUUUUCUCCAAGAAGAGCGUAUUAAACAGCUGCGCAGCGGCUAUGAAACCCAAUGCAGGGAGCUUCAGGAUCGUAUAGACGAGCUCCAGUCCGAGUUGCGGGAGUUCCAUGCUCUUGGUCGAAGUAACGAUCCCUGCCACAAAACUCUGUCUGAUGAGCUGGAGAGUAAAAGCCCCGGCACAGAGUCCGACCCAGGUCUUGGCUCAGAGGAGGUUCAACCUUUUUCCAUCAGUCUGGAGGCAGAGUUGAUGCUGGAGCAGCUGAAGGACCAGCACCUUCAAGAAAUGGAGGAUUUGAGGAAGCAGCUCGAAAGCAAGAUCAAUGAAUUUGACAUAAUGGCUGAAGAGCAGAGGUCGACCUACGAGAACCAGAAAGCUGCACUGACUCUCCAGUACCAGCAGGAUGUCCAGGCUCUGACGGAGGAGAUGGCCAGCGUUCAGCGCCGCACGCAGGAGCUUGAGAGCCAGCUCGAGCAGGCGGAGCUGGAACGUACCUGCCAGGAGCAGAAGCAAGGAGAUGAGUGGAAAGACCUCCAGAACCGGCAAGAAGACGAAGUAGGAACCCUCAGAGAGCAGCUUCUGGAAGCUCGUGGCCACUGUGCAGAUCUGAAAGAGCAGAUGAAGACCUUGGAAGUGCAGCAGGCAGAGACGGAUGAAAACCUCCUCGCUAAGAUCGAGGAGCUGAAGAACCAACAUUCUACGGUGAUUAACAAACUAAAGGAGGAACACGAAGAGCUGCUAGAAGCUAGACUGACAGAGGUGAGAAAUGAUCUCCAGGAGGAAAAAGCUGAGCUGGAGAGAAAAUUACUAGACGAGUGGGAAAUGGAGAGAAAGGCGUUGGAGCAAAGCCAUGAAGCCAAACUAAAUGCUCAACUGGAAGAGGCAAAGUUAAGGUAUGAGGAGGAGCGCGAUGAAGUGGUGAAGAGGUUAACCGAGCAGUGGCAGAAGGAGAGGGCUCAACUAGAUGAGCAGAACAAUGAGUCUCUGCAGGUUCUGCUGGAGGAGGAGAUGCUGAGACUAGUCAGGGAACAAGAGGAGAAGGAGAGCCAGCUGAGGGAGCAGUGGGAGAGGGAACGAACUCAGCUGCAGGAGCUCCACGACCAGGCCCUGCUCGACAGAAUACUGGAGGAAAGGUCGCAGUUACAGGAGCAGUUUGAGCUGAGGGAGAAAAGGUUAAAGGAGGACUGGGAGAAGGAGAAGCUGCAGCUGGAGGAGGACUACGAGGGGAUGAUCCAGGAUAGGCUGAAUGAGGAGAGGGAGAAGCUCGAGGGUGAGAGGGACGAGGAGGAGAAGAGGGUAGAGAGGCUAAUAGCAGAGGAGAGGGCCCAACUGGAAGAGAACCACAGAGCGGCCAUGAAGGAGCUGAGCACCAGGCACGCAGAGGAAAGGGAUGCGCUCAGUGCUGCGCUGGACAGACUGCGAGUGGACAUCACUAAGGAGAGGCAGGAGGUGGAGCUCAGCUUCACCAAGAGAAUUCGCGAAGUGGAAGAUCGUUUCUCGGGCGAUCAGGAAUCUGUAGCCGAGCGUUUUCAAGCUGACGUCCUAAAACUCGAACAGUACUACCAGAGCGAGCUGAAGUCUCUUUCCGAAAGCCACGGCAAGCAGAGGCUCCACUGGGAAGCGGAGAUGCAGAAGGCGCUAGAGUUUGCAGAGGAGGAAAGAAGGGCGACGGAGGAGGCCAUGAAGGAGGAAAAGGAGGCAUCGCAUCAAGAGUGGGAAAAAGAAAAGGGAGACCUUGAAAGCGCUCACAGUGGAAAAGUGGAAGCCUUGAUGAUGGAGAUCAAACGGCUGCAGGGUGAGCUGGAUGAGCUGAUGAGCACGGCUCAGAGUAAAGAGAUCGAGCUCAGCAUGCAGCUGAAUGAGCUCCACAGCCGGCUGCAGGAGAAACAUGAGCUCCUCGCCCAGUCUGAGAGCAAAGCGCUUCAGACUGAGCUCCUGUUGAACCAAACGGUGGAAGAUUUUAAACAGGAGAGGACCGAACUUCUCGCCACCAGUUCAUCCCACGAGGCAAAGAUGAAUGAGAUGCUUUCCAUGGCCGAGAGGCAAGCUUCCGAGAGGAUUCAGCUGCUCACCGAGCGUGACGACUUAAAGAGGAGAGUGGAAGAGCUGGAGAUGGUUCUCAGGCAGGCCGCAGUGGACUUUGAGCUGGAGAGGCAGGAGUUGCAAGAAAGUCUGUCCACUCUUGAGUUGAAGUUAAAAGAGUUUGAUUCAGAGAGGGAUUUACUUCAAAUCAAAAUAAAGGAGCAAGAAAAGGAACUCGAUCAACUCUCGGCUCCCGCAGAGAAGACUGUGAACAACCAAAUGGAAGGAUGGAAUGACAGUGCUUUUAUUGAGGGGACGUAUAACGCUAAAGAAUGCAUGUCUGUGUCUGCUGGAGAGACCCCUCCAGUUCUACUGGAUGAAGACGUUCAUGUAAUCCUUAUCGAGGCAGAGGACGGUGAUGGUUUUAUAAAUGCUGACCGAGAUGAUCAACAGCAAGCCACAGAGAGUCGUGACCCGCGGAAUGAAGAUGUGGGAUGUGGUGAGGGGUGCCAUGAUGAGGUCGACAUUAUUCCCAAUGACAUGUCCGGAGAUCCGAGUCUUGAGAAAGGUGAAAUGCAUGAAGACAGUGAUCAGGAUUCAGGAUCCCCUGAUAGUUAUUUAUCCAUCAAAAGCGAAGCGGUUUCCCCGGAGAUGCUGUGGGAGCCAGUCUCAUCACUGGAGGCAUUUGGUGAGGGAGAGAAUAAAGUAGCUCUUGAUGCGCGUAAUGAGGACGGCAAACCUCAAAAUGUUCCAGCUGUGGAGUUUGGAAGCUGCUCCCAUGAAGACGGGAAGCAUCAUGAGACUGCGGUUGUGGCAUUUACGCUUGAGGAGGCAGGUGACCCCGGUGAGGAGUCUGUGGAGGAUACUGAGGUCGGCUGCUUACCAGUUUUAGACUGUGAACAUUCAGCCGCAGACCUGCAGGAUGAAAACCACCAUGAAUGUGCACAUGAUUGUGGGGAACAUCCGGAUGGAGACUCCGAUCGUGAGAACCGGGACUCUCCUGGGGAAUUACAGGCCUUGUAUAGCACUGCCACAGAGGAGAAUGUCCUCCUCCGCGAGAAGAUCUCUUUGCUUCAACAGAAGACGGAAAUCCUGGAGAAUCUCGUGGGUCAUCACAGCGAGAAGAUGAAGGCGGGCCACCAGGCGCUGGAGGAGAACUACAGCCUCAAAGUUCAGAUGCUCCUGUUGGUGGAGCACGUGAAGGAGCUGGAGACGAAGGCCCUGGAAAUGAACGAUCUCCAGAUCCGAUACGAAGACUGCCAGUGUGAAAAUGCCAAGCUGAAGGAGCAAAACGGUGACCUAGAGAAGAGGGUGUGGAGCCUCGAAGGCCGGAUUAACGUCUUCCACGAUUUCCAGGACCAGCACAUCUCGCUGGUGGACGAGAUUGCCCGGAUAAGAGGGGAGAACGCCCAGCUGUUUCUGCUGCUGAGCGAACUGGAAAGGCAGGACGGACUUCUGCCUGCGCUCCCAGAGGUCCAACAACCGGACGGGCCCGUAGACGAGGCCUGCACACCCCUGAGCGGCCACCUGCAGGCAGAGGCUCGCAUGGAGGACUGCUGCAAGGAGUUUGAGAGGCAAAACACCAAGCUCCGCAGAGCCAUCACAGAACUGCAAGACGAGUCGCAGACCCUAAACGAAACCACUCAAGCUCAUAGAUCUGAAGCAGGUCGUCUGGCUGAAGAAAAUCUCACCCUCAGGCAAAAAAUCAUGGCGUUGAAGGAAGGGGACCUAAAAGAAACACAGCAUGAGUUACUGCAAACGGUGGAACACUUGAAAAUGGAGAAGUUUGCUGCUCAGAAGGCUGCGGUUCAUUUCAAAAAGCAGAUUUCAGACUUGCACAUGCAGAGCCAGCAGCUGGAGGCUGAGAACGGGACGCUGACCGAGAGGAACGCCCAAAACGCGGCUGAUGUGGAGAACCUGCAGCAGCAGCUGGUCGAGCUGGCCCGAGAAAAGGCCGAAGAAAAAAACAAGAUGACAGCUUGUGUGUCUGCUCUGGAGGCAAAGCUGGCCAGUGUUCAGAAGGAAACUGCACAGCUGGAGGAGAGGAAUAUCCAGCUGUCGCAGCAGCUCUCUGAACUUAGGGAGAAGGCAGUUAGGGUGGACUCGAUGGAGAAUCAGCUCAGCCAUCUGGUAGAGGAGCGUAAAGGUGUGGAUAAGGAGACUGUGGGCCUUCGCAGCCAGUUGGCUAAAGCAAACGAGAAGGUGAAGACGGUGGAUGAAAGUUUCUCAGCCGUCAACAGACAAAGUACUCGUCUGAAGUCAGACCUCCGGGUUUUGCAGCAGGAAAGAGACUCCCUGAAACACGAGGUAGCAGUGCUGCACAAACAGCUGCAGAAUGCCAACGAUAAAAACCAUAUUUUGGAGAUGGCCCUGCACUCGAGCGGCCUGCAGAACCAGAGCAAGAAGCUGUACAGGGAAGAGAUGUCCCGGCUGAUGGAGCAGGAGCAGCAGCUUCUGAGGCAAGAAAACGAGAGGCUCCAGGCUGAAGUGUGCAGCGUCAAAGGCGACCUCUUCCAGUCCAGAGAAAAGGUCCGUCAGCUGGACGCCACCGUCCUGUCGCUGAACAAGCUCAAACAACAGAGUCAGUCAUCCCAGGUGAAGGCCUUGGAGAUGGAGAACAGCUCCCUGAAGCAGGAGCUGGACGCAAAAAGGGAGCAGACCAAGGGCUGUGAAUCUGGACAAAGCCAGACAGAGCUGGAGGGCCUUCAGCACGAAAACGAAGCGCUCAAGGCCCAAAUGGCCCGGCUGUCAACGCAGCUGCUGGAGUCAUUUCAGGCUCAGCUAGUAGGACUUCUGCCUCCGUCACCUCACAGGGUGCCCAGAGGACAGCACCAUGGGGAAGAUCCCGACAACAUGCAGGACGAAAGGGAGAGGAAGAUGAGGAACAUGGAGGGGCGCAUGAGGGAAAUAGAGCUCUCGCUGCAUAAUGUCAAGCUGCUGCUCAAAGAGAAGGUGGCACAGCUUAAAGACCAGCUGCACAAGAAUGGCAAAGCAGAUGUGCUGAUCAAAGACCUGUACGUGGAGAACGCUCAGCUGCUGAAGGCCCUGGAGAUGACAGAGCAGCGGCAAAAAAUUGCAGAGAAGAAGAACUACCUGCUUGAAGAGAAGAUCUCAAGCCUCAACAAGAUAGUGCGCGAUCUAAACCCAUCAACCCUCCCUUUACUACCUUACAGCUACAAGUCACCAUAA